AUGAAAUUGAAACGAACUAAAGCUACAAACAUUAUUAAAAAUGUAAUUGCGCCUGUGGAAAAAGAAAUAUUAAGUCUAAAAUUGAAUAAGAGUAAAUUUUCAAUUAUGAUUGAUGAGUCAACCGAUGUUGCUUGCAUAUCUAAUAUGUGUGUUGUAGUAGUGUUUUUUGAUACAGAGUCCAAGAUCAUUGUUACAAGGUUUUGGGACUUAGUACAGGUCUUUGAUGUAAAAGAACCAGAGACAGUUAAUAAAGGAGCAACUUCGGAAAAUCUGUUUAAUAAAUAUGGCUGUUCGACAAUGAUGGGGUCUAAAAAUUCUGUUUCAAGCCGGUUGAAAAUCACAUUCCCGGGAAUCUUCAUAAUGAAAGUAUUUGUCAUUAUCUUAAUUUAUGCUGCAGCAAAGCAUGCAAGUCCUUGCCCCGAAGAAUUGAAGAUUUUGCUCGGAAUGUGUUUAAUUUUUUCAGCCACAGUAAAAAAUUUGUUGCAGCAGAAAAUAUUUAUACCCAGCUGA